AUGCCAGGUCUGGAUACUGAUAUUGUGGUACACCAUUUGCCUUUGAAGCCCGAGUGUCCGCCGGUCAAGCAGAAAUUGAGAAGAACCCGUCCUGAUAUGGCCCUCAAGAUCAAAGAGGAAGUGCAAAAACAGAUCGAUGCAGGUUUCCUCGUUACAUCAAAAUACCCUCAAUGGCUAGCCAACAUAGUGCCUGUUCCGAAGAAGGAUGGCAAAGUCAGAAUGUGUGUUGAUUACCGUGACCUUAACAAAGCUAGUCCCAAAGAUGAUUUUCCAUUACCUCAUAUUGAUGUACUGGUUGACAACACUGCAAAAUCCAAAGUGUUCUCCUUCAUGGAUGGUUUCUCCGGUUACAAUCAGAUCAAGAUGGCGCCCGAAGACAGAGAGAAGACGUCUUUCAUCACACCUUGGGGCACUUUCUGUUACAGAGUAAUGCCGUUUGGUUUGAUCAAUGCAGGAGCUACUUAUCAAAGGGGUAUGACUACUAUCUUUCACGACAUGAUACACAAAGAGAUUGAGGUUUAUGUGGAUGACAUGAUCGUCAAGUCAAUCACUGAAGAACAACAUGUUGAGUAUUUGCUAAAGAUGUUCCAACGGCUAAGAAAGUACAGACUUCGCCUAAAUCCCAACAAGUGUACUUUUGGUGUCAGAUCCGGAAAGCUUCUGGGCUUCAUUGUUAGUCAGAAAGGUAUUGAAGUAGAUCCAGACAAGGUCAAAGCCAUCAGAGAAAUGCCAGCUCCACAAAUAGAAAAACAAGUAAGGGGGUUUCUCGGACGACUGAAUUACAUCUCCCGUUUCAUUUCUCAUAUGACUGCAACAUGUGGGCCGAUAUUCAAACUCCUCCGCAAAGAUCAAGGGAUUGUUUGGACAGAAGAUUGCCAGAAAACCUUUGAUAGCAUCAAAGUGUACUUACUAGAACCUCCGAUUCUCAUCCCUCCAGUUGAAGGAAGACCACUAAUCAUGUACCUAACUGUAUUGGAAGAUUCCAUGGGUUGUGUGCUCGAACAACAAGAUGAAACCGGAAGAAAGGAGCAUGCCAUUUAUUAUUUGAGCAAGAAGUUUACUGACUGUGAAUCUCGCUAUUCCAUGCUCGAGAAAACCUGUUGUGCACUAGCCUGGGCUGCAAAACGCCUCCGCCACUAUAUGAUUAGUCAUACUACAUGGUUGAUAUCUAAGAUGGAUCCGAUCAAGUACAUCUUUGAGAAACCCGCUUUGACAGGAAGAAUUGCCCGGUGGCAGAUGUUAUUAUCCGAAUAUGAUAUUGAGUAUCGUACCCAAAAAGCAAUCAAAGGCAGUAUCCUUGCUGAUCACUUGGCUCACCAACCAAUUGAAGACUAUCAGCCCAUCAAGUUCGACUUUCCUGAUGAAGAGAUUAUGUAUUUAAAGAUGAAAGAUUGUGAUGAACCGCUACUCGGGGAAGGUCCAGAUCCUGAAUCAAAAUGGGGUCUAAUAUUCGACGGAGCUGUUAAUGCUUAUGGUAGCGGAAUUGGGGCAAUCAUUGUUACUCCUAAAGAUACACACAUCCCCUUCAUGGCCAGGCUAACGUUCGACUGUACAAACAACAUGGCAGAGUACGAAGCGUGUAUUAUGGGUAUCGAAGAAGCCAUCGAUCUGAGAAUCAAGAACCUCGACAUUUAUGGUGACUCAGCCCUCGUAAUCAAUCAAAUCACAGGAGAAUGGGAGACUCGUCACCCCGGCUUGGUUCCCUACAAAGACUAUGCAAGACGAUUACUGACUUUCUUCAACAAAGUCGAGCUACACCAUAUUCCUCGUGAUGAAAACCAGAUGGCGGAUGCUCUGGCUACUUUGUCUUCGAUGUACCAAGUAAAUCGUCGGAAUGAAGUGCCACUGAUCCAUAUCAGACGUCUUGAGAGACCCGCUCAUGUAUUCGCCACUGAAGAAGUUGUUGAUGACAAGCCAUGGUUCCACGAUAUCAAAUGUUUCCUUCAAAGGCAAGAGUAUCCACUCGGAGCAUCCAAUAAAGACAAGAAGACUCUAAGAAGAUUGUCUGGCAAUUUCUUCCUAAACGGGGACAUUUUGUAUAAAAGAAACUUUGACAUGGUGUUGCUCAGAUGUGUUGACAAACAUGAGGCAGACUUAUUGAUGCAUGAAAUACACGAAGGAUCCUUUGGGACUCAUUCUAGCGGACAUACAAUGGCCAAGAAGAUACUGAGAGCAGGUUAUUACUGGAUGACAAUGGAAGCCGAUUGUUACAAGCAUGCCAGGAAGUGUUAUAAGUGUCAAAUCUAUGCCGAUAAGAUUCAUGUGCCGCCGACUGCACUCAAUUUUCUUUCCUCUCCGUGGCCGUUCUCUAUGUGGGGCAUUGACAUGAUUGGGAGGAUUGAACCCAAAGCUUCAAAUGGGCACCGCUUCAUUUUAGUGGCUAUUGACUAUUUCACCAAGUGGGUUGAAGCUGCAUCCUAUGCUAAUGUGACCAAACAAGUGGUAGUCAAGUUUAUCAAGAAUCAUAUUAUCUGCCGUUAUGGUGUCCCUAGCCGGAUAAUUACAGACAACGGGACGAAUCUGAACAACAAGAUGAUGAAAGAGUUGUGUGAUGAUUUCAAAAUCGAGCACCAUAAUUCUUCGCCUUACAGACCUCAGAUGAAUGGUGCUGUCGAAGCUGCAAAUAAGAACAUAAAGAAGAUCGUCCAGAAGAUGGUGGUGACUUAUAAGGACUAG